CCUGAGGCUCCCUACUGUAUUAUAUAAGUCUUCCCAGGCCAUUGGCAUUCUCUGGAAAUGAUGCCACCUACUCCUCAACUUCCCAAUUCUCAAUAUGAGGUUAUCUUCAAUUGCGGCAGGCUUCGGCCUCGCCUCCAUUGCCCAGUCAGAGUCAACAUCAUACACCGACACCGAGACGGGCAUCACCUUCCAAUCCUACACCAGUGACGACGUGUCCUUCCGCGUGGCCUUACCCGAGGUAACCACCGGCGCCUUCGAUGUGAUUCUGCAGAUAGAUGCACCAGCAACGAUCGGCUGGGUAGGCUGGGCCUGGGCAGGUACAAUGACGUACAAUCCUCUGACACUCAUUUGGCCCAACGGGGACGACAUUGUGCACGCGUCUCGGAUGGCAUUCGGCUACUAUGUCCCCGACCCUUACCCCAACGCGACCUACACCGUCCUCAAAGGCACCGGCACCAGCGGCGGCCGCGUCAAAUUCACAGCCCUAUGCAGUGGCUGCACGACCUGGGCUGACUUCGAGGGUAACCCAACGACCAUUGACGCCAGCCAGCCCGCCCCCUUUGCUUUUGCCUUCUCGCAAACACCUCCGGAGACGCCUGCUGACCCUGUGUCAGCAUUUGGCAUUCAUGAUCUAGUUGGACACUGGAACCACGACCUGCCUGCUGCGAAGUCAGCCGAUUUCCAGAGCUGGGUUGCUGCGAAUGGAGGGACGGGUUCGAAUGGUACGUUCGUAGUAAGCCCGAAGUUGAGGGCCAGUAGGGGCGCUUUGGGGUUGUGAGAAGAGUUCAGGGAUUGCUUGAAGAUUGGGGAACAGUAAUAAGAGGUUGAUGUACACCCUCGCGUGACCGAGGUCAGAUCGGUCUGUGUUCGCAGAAGACCUCGUUUCAGCGAGAAAACUUGUCGCACGCUUCGCCAGUACCCAGCAUCAGGGAGUGCGUGUAUAUAGACUGCAGCUUACUAGAUCUUGCACAUAUUUAUUUAAACAACAACUAGUUCAGGGGGCAAUUAUUUUGUGUGUAACAGCAUAACAAUCUGAAG